UUCAACAGAUUUAGUUGCCGCAAAGAAAAAUUUGGCAGAAGUUUUAGGCGAUGACAUGAAGAGUUAUCUGCAUCACUUGAAGUCAUGGUUUAGGAUGAAGAUAGCCAAAGAGGAGUUUGACAAGGAGGCCAGAAAACUGCUCACAUCUCAGACAGUCCACCUCCACAAUGAGUUUCUGUUGGCCAUAUUUUCAAAGUGCCACUCACUCAGUCUGGCUUCAGCACCCAAGUCCGAACCAGGGAGUAGCAUUUCUUCCAAGCUGUUGAAGAGAGGAAAGGUCAAACGAAAACCUGCCACAGUCAGAAGUUCAUUUCAGCAAAGAUUUGUUCCUGUGAAUCCAAUGUCUUGUGCAGUGACGGCAACAUACAAAGAUGUGAAAGAUUUAGAAUUUGCUGGACGAGAAAUGUGCCUGCCAGACAUGUCCAUGAUGCAAGGGAGACUACUGGUGUGUGCCUGGGAAGCUGGCCUUACCAAUGUGGAGGAAGCAGUUGCCUCCCUUGUCAUGCAGUCUGUAGAGGUUCAGUUAAAGAACAUUAUCACAGAGUUGAUUUCAAGGCGGAACGGCUACAAGUUGCGCGAAGGUCAUUGCAAGUUUGCCAUGGGCGAACCCAUCCCCAACCCUUACACACGGCACAGGCAUCUACUGCGGGAUAGAACACUUGAGAGCGAGGCUACGACAGUGAACAGUUUGGGUCAUCACGUGCCAGCCAGACGGUUCCCGGAGGAAGUGAACGAGGGUUUCAGGGCCCAGACACUGGCUGCCUCCACCAGCGAGCCAGAACCACGAUAUCCCUCCACACUGUAUAACCUCCUGGAAACAUUACAGACCUACCCGAAUCUCAUCCCUAAUCAUGCAGUGUACGCCCCUGCUGUAGAGAGGAUCAUCCACAGGCUCUGGCAUCCGAGUCACGAGGAGCUUGGACAUUUUGAAUCUACAGAAAACAACAACUUGCCAAAACAAGCCUCUGGGUCACCUGUGAGAUAACAAGAUUUUAACUCCUUUCUGAAUAAUUUUCAAUGUGCCGAAAUUCUUAAGAAAUGAGGAGCUUUGACAUUUGCAAUCUUCAGAAAACUCAAACUCGCAAAAACAAGCUUCUGGGCACCCAGUCAGACAACGAUAGAAGAUUGUGCGUGUUUCAUUGUGCUGUGACUGCGAUUAUUGUCAGCAGCAUCUUUAAGCAUGUGAUGAGUUUGUGUAGAAAUGCCAGUAGUUUUGAUGUGUAAACUUGAUGGAUUUGUUUUGAAAAGACUAGAGGCUAGAGUUGAACCUAUACAAUAUUUUUCAAUCAACCAUUGCUUUAGAAAGCAGUCUAAUCAGGAUGUCUUAUCAAGCCGUAUUUAUUAUAAAGGAGAACUGCAAAGUUUCUACCCCACUGGUAAGCCAUUGGAACCAAUAUUAUGUUGUGAACCCUUUCUGUAUUAAAAAGUUUUGGGUACUAUACAUCUUUUGGAGCAAACAAAACCAAAUGCAUUCACUGUUGUUGUAUUCGUUAUAAUAGCCAGUGCGCCAUGUGCUAUAUACCCAGUAGCUGGAAGUUCAAACUGAACGAUGAGCAGAUAAACAUAAAUUAUAAAAAAGUGCAUUCAAUUUGUUUCUAUAGUAACAGCAUUUGAAAAUUAUAUAGGUUAAGUCUUACAGAAAUGGUUGAAACUUGAAAACAGUAUUUAUGCUUUCCUCAUUGUUCUGUGAGUGCCACAUAUUUAAGGAUGGUGUUAUUUUUUCACCUAAAGGCUGUUUCAUCAAAGGGAGUCAUUUUUUAGCGAGAUUGUUUUUGGAGAAAACCCGAGCUAUUGUCAUAGCCAGCUCGUCGUCCGACGUCUGUCGUCCGACGUAGGUGUCGUGCUAAAACCUUAACCUUGGCCAUAACUUUUAAAUAUUGAAGAUAGCACCUGGAUAUUUGGCAUGCAUGUGUAUCUCAUGGAGCUGCACAUUUUGAGUGGUAAAAUUUCAAGAUGAACAUCAUC